GCCGAUCAAUGUCGCCUGGUCGGGAGCGAGCCCGCACCAGCGUCGGAUGUAACGCGCGCCACGGCGGAGAGGAGGAGGCGCGGUUGGUGGGCAGCCUCGGCCAAUCACCUGUGACGUCAGAAAAGGGCGGGCCUUCUGGAAGGCUCGUCAAGGCGUGACAAUUAGAUGUGACGUUACUGGGGCGGAGUGGGCAGAAGGGGGCGUAGUUUCACACAGGAGCGACCAAUAGGCGAGAGUGGGCGGGAACAUGAAUAGCAAUAAGAUCCGAUGUCGGUCUUGUGGGGUGGAGGGGCGUGGUUCUAUCGGGGCGGACCAAUGGCGUGGCGGCGUCUCUGCAUAUCAAUGAGGCGUAACGUCAGUACGCCCUCACCGUGGGGAGAAGAAGGCGGCUGGAUAGGUAGGCGCAGGCGCACUGCCGCCCUAGUGGAUGGGGGAGGGGACGACGGUGAGGUCGAUCAUGGCGACGGUGGCGGCGGCCCAGACGCAGACGGUGAUCGGCGGCAUCAAGACGGAGGAGAUGGAGGCGGAGGAGAGCGGGAGGCCGACAGCGGGCGGAGGAGGGGGAACGGCGGUGCUGGUGGAGGUGAAGCGGGAGCCCGGAGUGGACGAGUCGCCACCGCAUGCUCAGCAGCAGCGCCGCCACGGCUUGGAGCCUCCGGCACCAUCUCCCCCCAGCGGCGCCAGCCGGCACUGCAGCAACACCUCCAGCAGCAACAAUACCACCAGCAGGGAGCAAGAGGUGACCGUGGAGAUUGGGGAGACUUACCUGUGCAGGAGAGCUGACAACAGCUGGCAUUCGGCAGAGGUGAUCCAGUCUCGACUAAAUGAGCAAGAAGGCCGUGAAGAAUUUUAUGUGCAUUAUGUGGGCUUCAACCGGCGGCUGGACGAAUGGGUGGACAAGAACCGGCUGGCCCUCACCAAGACGCUGAAGGAGGCGGUGCAGAAAACCAGCGACCAGUACAUGAGUGAGCUCUCCGAGCAGCCCGAGCGCAAAAUUACUCGGAACCAGAAACGGAAGCACGAUGAGAUCAACCACAUUCAGAAGACAUACGCAGAGAUGGACCCCACAACAGCAGCUCUGGAAAAGGAACAUGAAGCGAUCACCAAGGUCAAGUACGUGGAUAAAAUCCAGAUCGGUAACUACGAGAUUGAUGCCUGGUACUUCUCCCCAUUCCCAGAGGAUUAUGGAAAGCAGCCCAAGCUCUGGGUGUGCGAGUACUGCCUCAAGUACAUGAAGUUCGAGAAAACUUAUCGCUUUCACCUGUCUCAGUGUCAGUGGCGACAACCCCCCGGGAAAGAGAUCUACCGCAAGACCAACAUCUCCGUCUACGAGGUGGACGGGCGGGAUCACAAGAUCUACUGCCAGAAUCUCUGCCUGCUGGCCAAGUUAUUUCUUGACCACAAAACCCUGUAUUUCGACGUGGAGCCCUUUGUCUUCUACAUACUGACCGAGGUGGACCGGCAUGGUGCCCACAUCGUCGGCUACUUCUCCAAGGAGAAGGAGUCACCAGAUGGGAACAACGUGGCCUGCAUCUUGACCCUACCACCGUACCAACGGAGAGGCUAUGGGAAGUUUCUUAUCGCGUUCAGCUACGAGCUGUCAAAGCUAGAAAGCACGGUGGGAUCCCCAGAGAAGCCCCUCUCCGAUCUCGGCAAGCUAAGCUAUCGCAGCUACUGGUCCUGGGUGCUCCUGGAGAUACUGCGCGACUUCCGGGGGACGCUCUCCAUCAAGGACCUCAGCCAGAUGACCAGCAUCACGCAGAACGACAUCAUUAGCACGUUACAGUCGCUAAACAUGGUGAAGUAUUGGAAAGGUCAACAUGUCAUUUGCGUUACCCCCAAAUUAGUCGAGGAACACCUGAAGAGUGCCCAGUACAAGAAACCUCCGAUCACAGUGGACUCCAUCUGCCUGAAGUGGGCGCCCCCAAAGCACAAGCAGCUGAAGAUCUCCAAGAAAUGAUUUGGGACGGUGAACACGAGAAGUCGGUGGGGGUGGAGGAGCGAGAGAGAGAGAGAGGCGGAGAGUCGAGGAGAGAUGCCAACGUUGAAACAGUGCCCGGGAGCGGAGGGGGUGGGGGUAGGGCGCUGGGAGCCUGGAACUCCAACACCCUGCGAAACCUCCCUGCACCCCCCCACCCUCGUGACGUUCACACAUCAGGACCGCCCACGCCCUGCACUAAGAUGGCAUCGUUUCGCUCACUCAUUGGUCUCGUUCAUCUGUAAAAUAUGUAUAUAUAUAAAUAUAUAUGUGUGUGCGGGCACGGAGACAGGAGGUGAAGGAAACACCCCAGGAUCAGACAUCUGGCGACUCUUGGACAUGCAGCGGGGAACAUUUCAAAGGACAAGCCCCCCCUUUCUGUCAGAUCAGCAGCCUUGAAUUAAGGGGCGCGAUACUGGGAGGUGUUCCCGAGCCCUGUCUCCAGCCUUGUAGUCUCAGUACACGUCGGACAGUUUUCACCGUGAUAAUAAACGCCAGUUCUGUUUUUGUUAA